CCCUUACCAUUGACGCACCAAAGAUCACAGCAAUCACCGCUCCAUUGACGCCCAUGAUAAUUGAACCCAGAAUGGGCUGGAGUCGCAGUGGCACGCAGUAUUUAUAUGAGUGUCUUCUCCACAUCAAUCACAUCCCGAGUUCUGAUUUCCUAAACACUGCACUAGUCUUUGACGUUUCCGUUCAUUCGCCGAGCAUCGUGGUUGUGUGUGGGGCGGUCAAGAUGUCGUGGUGUUUGGACUCUUGCCUGUUUAGAGAAAAUCUAUAUCUGGUACCUGAGUUGAAGGGGUAUAUGGAUCUGUGAAGAACGUUUGAGUUGAGAUGCAAUAGCAUCAAAAUGGAAUAAUAACUGAAAAGGAGUGAAAAACGCCGCCGCCACAUUCGAGGACAUGCACCCUCCUGAAGCAAUACGCACAAAUUUAAUUUC